AUGUAUAUUUCUUUGUUCCAGGUCUGCAUCGUAAUGAUACUAUACAGUAACGAACACUUAGUUUAUGGCGAUGUCAAGAUCUACAGUAUAAACGAUGAAGUAUUAAGUUGUAGUGGAUGGCUGUCCACUAUUAUAUUUAAUUUUUGCAAUAAUACAUAUAAAAUAGUCAAGAGGGACACCUCAUUAAUGAUAGAAAAAAUGGCACCAAAAGACUUACAAAAAGACACAAGUAGGAGGCGACUGGUGGACGGAGACAGGUGGCACCGGGUGCGAAGGCAAGUGGCCUCACAGUGCUGUCUCCACCCUUGCACGGUAGCCGACAUCAUCAUGUAUUGUCCCAACGAUGCCAAACUGCUGCAAGAAAACCCAGAUAUAUUUGAUUAAAGCCACGACAUAGGCCCAAGUACACUGACAGUUGAAACGUCAUUUUUCAAAGGAACUCUUUACUUUGUUUGAAUUUGGAAGUUCGUAGUAAGCAGUUCUUUUGAAAGAAAGGAGGUUUUAAAUGUUGUUGGGGAAUUUGGGCCUUGCUUGUUAGUUUCAUAGCAGAGUAUUACUAUUUAUAAAUAAUGUUUAAGUGUACAGUAACAAAUAAUUUAAUUGUGGAAUAAAUUCUGUGCUGGUUUGAAAGCUAA